AUGUCGAUUUCCAGUGAUGAACAAGGUCAAAAAACACAAGAUGCAAAGUCUGGUCUGUCAAAAAACCAACUCCGUAAAUUGAAAAAAAGAGAAAAGUGGUUAGCUAUUAAAGCUGAUAAAAGGAAGCAUGAACGGGCUAAAAAAAAGAAACGCUAUGCUGAUGCUCGUUCUCAAGGAAUCAGUCUUGGACCCUCCAGAAAAGCCCUUAAGUUGAAUUCUAUGAAGAAUUCCAAAUGUCAGAUUCGUGUUGCUGUUGAUUGUUCAUUCGAUAACCUAAUGUCGGAAAAGGAUGUGAUGAAAUUGGUGAAACAGCUACAGUCAUGCUAUUCUGUUAAUAGACGUGUAGAGAAUCCACUUCAAUUUUAUGUAUGUGGUAUUAGUGGUCAAACCAAAGAGAGGCUGGACAAUAUUGGAGAUUGUAAGAAUUGGGAUGUUUACUUCACAGCAGAGAAAUACACAGAGAAAUUUGAAAAGGCCCAACUUGUCUACCUUUCAAGUGAAUCGGAAAACAUCCUAACAGAACUGGAGAAUGACAAAGUUUAUAUCAUUGGUGGUUUGGUCGACCACAACAGUUACAAGGGUCUUUGUCAUCGACUAGCGGUAGAAAAUGACAUUGCACAUGCACAACUUCCAAUUUCAGAAUAUGUUCAGAUGAAAUCGAGAAAAGUACUUACGGUUAAUCAUGUGUUUGAAAUCUUGUUGCGAUAUACAGAAAGCAAAGAUUGGAAGCAGUCUCUGUGUCAAAUACACUACUUUCUCACUUUUCUCCUCCUACUCCUCCUUUUCCUCUUUUCUUCAUCUCCUUUAUCCUCUCCUGCUCUCUCUCUUCUCCUUUUCCUCCCUUAUUCUCUUUCUUCUCCUUUUCCUGUCCUUCGUCUCUCUCUCUCACCCUCUUCUCUCUUUCUUCUUUUCCUCCUCUAUUCUCUUCUUCUUUUUCCUGUCCUUUGUCUCUCCCUCAACCUCUUCUCUUUCUUCUCCUCUAUUCUCUUCCUCCUCCUUCCCUGUCUUUCUUCUUUCUCUUCCUCAUCCUCUUCUUUAUCUUAUUUUUUUCCUCCUCUCUCUUUCUCUAUUCUCUUUCCUCCACUUAUUGAAAACAUGGAAAACAACUAA